CAGGCUCAGGAGGAUCCACCGCAGGUACUUUUGAAGACCCUGACCUGCAGUUACAUGCUGACUUUAGUUCUUUGAGAGAAUGGGACCCGCUCUUGGAGUUUCAUGACUGGCUGUUAUUUGACACACCAAGGCGGCGGCCUGAGAGCUUUGCUCGCCUUCGUAUGUCCAAGAUCUCCUGGCUCUGGAGACAGGCGGAUCGAAGGUCGGUGUCCCGGCAGGAGAUCAUGGGAGUCGGAAGAUCUGUGGCUGUGUGCCCAGAGACCUGAGAUCUUUGGACACAGAGCUCAGAAAAAGCAAAGCAACAGACUUUUAACAUCAUAAACCAGCAAGUUGUUUGUUAUGUCUCCCCUCUCGCUGUGAAACGGGGACACCCCUUUCUCCCUUGUUAGAUGGUUAGAAACUGCAAAGAAUUUGUGCACGGGAAUUUCAAGCACAACAACAAGGGAUUCGCUCACUCAGCUGACCCACAGACCCAGCAGUGAGUUCAUUGUGGGGAGAGAGACCAUUCACUUAUUCUGUGUCUGGGAAGAGAUUCACUCACUCAGCCAAACUACAGACACACCAAUGAAUUCACCAUGGGAGAGGCCAGUUACCUGUUACCUGUCUGGGAAGAAAUUCACUCACUCAACUGACCAGCAGACACGCUAGUGACUUCACUGUGGGGACAGAAGCCAUUCACCUGUUGUGUGUCUGGGAAGGGAUUCACUCACCCAGUCUACCCACAGUCACUCCAGGGAGUUUAGUGUGCAGAUGCCAUUCGCCUACUCUGUGUGUGAGAGAGGAUUUACUUACUCAUCCAGCCUGAAGGUACAUCAAAAGUGAGAGGGUUCACCUGUUCUGAUGUAUUGGCGCGUGGCCAAGUGGUUAAGGCAUUGGACUAGUAAUCUGAAGGUCGCGAGUUUGAGCCUCAGCUGAGGCACCGUGUUGUGUCCUUGAGCAAGGCACUUAACCACACAUUGCUCCUGCACGUUUAUAGCCCAGUGGCAGCGGUUGGUGCAGUAUGGACAAGACAAGAUGGUGGGAAGCGAAUCAUUGGGUCAUUCAUGCUGAAGACACAUCAGAAAAUCCACUCCAUUGAGAGACUGUUCGCCUGUUCCAUAUGUGGGACGAGAUUCGCUCAGUCAGCCCACCUGCAGAGUUUACAAGGGAAAGAGACACUUCAGCUGUUGCGUGUGGGAAGCUAUUUACUUGGUCAUUUGAUCUCCUGAUCAAAUGCGAUUUCACACUGGGGAGAGGUUGUUCACCCGCUCAGAUUGUGGGAAGGGAUUUACGCAGUCAUCCCACUGACAGACACACCAGUCAGUUCACACUGAGGAGAUGCCGUUUACCUGCUCAGACUGUGGGAAGGGAUUUCCUCACUCAUCUCAACUGAGGGUACAUCAGCGAGUUCACACCGGGGAGAGACCAUUCACCUGCUCAGACUGUGGGAAGAGAUUUACUCAGUCAUCCCACCUACAGAGACACCAGCAAGUGCACACUGGGGAGAGGCCAUUCACCUGUUCUGUGUGUGGGAAGAGAUUCACUCAGUUAAGCAAUCUACAUGCACAUCAGUCAGUUCACACUGGAGAGAGGCCAUUCACCUGCUCAGAUUGUGAGAAGGGAUUCUCUCGGUCAUCUCACCUACUGGCACACCAGUCAGUUCACACUGAGGAGAAACCAUUCAUCUGCUCAGACUGUGGAAAAAGAUUCACACGGUCAUCUCAUCUGAAGGUACAUCAGCAAGUUCACACUGGGGAGAGGCCAUUCACCUGCUUGGACUGUGGGAAGGGAUUCUCUCGGUCAUCUGACCUACUGGCACACCAGUCAGUUCACACUGGAGAGAUGCCUUUCAUCUGCUCAGACUGUGGGAAGGGAUUUCCUCGAUCAUUUCAAUUGAAGCUACAUCAGCGAAUUCACACAGGGGAGCGGCCGUUCACCUGCUCUGAAUGUGGGAAGGGAUUCACUCAGUCAUCUACCCUUGUGGUCCACUACCGAGUUCACACUGGAGAGAGGCCGUUCACCUGCUCCGAAUGCGGGAAGGGAUUCACUCACUCAUCCAACCUCGUGGCACACUACCGAGUUCACACUGGGGAAAAAGUUUAAAUAAGCUGCAUGCUGGAUCCAGAGGCAAGUUCAAAACUGACUGUUGGUGUCAAACUCUGUAAUUAUUGCUGCUGCUCAUCACACCCAAUCCUGCACCCUGGUCACUGGGCAUGGGAGGAGUUUCUGCUGCUGAUGUUCACCUUUAAUGGGACUGGAGUUUAAUAUUCUGGAUCUCUGACAAAUAAAUCAGUUCUAUUUCAAACUCUGCCUCAGGUACCAAGUGAAUCUACAACACACCUAAUGUAGAGUAAGGUCAACUCAGCCCAGCUGUUCCCUACCAGUGUCUCUGUUCGAUGACAGUCCUUCUAAAUCCAUCCCUGCAGUUCACCUCCUGCUCUUCCUGUGGCAGUGGGUUCCAAGCAGUCACUCUGUGGAUGAUGUGGUUUCCCUUGCAUUUCCUGCAGGACUUUCUCCAGACUGAAAAAGAUGAGGAGCUGACUGCAGUUAUGUCUGACAUGUUCUUUGCCCUCAAAUCUCUGAGCUGAGGAAGAAUGACACUGGUAGUUAAUCUCUUUUUUCGGCUCAUUUCAGUGUUAUGCAGCAUUUUCACUGCUUCUGAAGAACUGUGUCUCUCGCAGCUGGGUUGUUAGAAUAUACCACCAUCAUGUAAAGUCUGAAAACAGAAUGGAGAAUGAUAGCUGGAUGUUCAAUGAAGCAGGGUCAGAAACCAGAGACAGGUCAGCGCAGGGCAGGGCUUGGGGCUCUGGACAGAGGUAAUGGUAAGAGCAUGUGAUGAACAGCAGGGGCGCGGCAACGAAUGACUGGGUAGCAACAUUUGGAAGCUGAUUGAUAGAGAAAAAAAUUAGAUUGACUUUGUUGACACAUACAGUACCUGUUUGUGAGGCUUUCGACUGGUUGAGAAACUCCUAUGCUUUGAUUGACUAUGUCUGUUAAGUAAGUUGUUCUUGCUUCUUUAUCCUGUAAUAUUAAAUCCGGAUGGUUGUCAUCUCUAUAGCAAAAGAUUGGUGGUAAUAUAAUUUGUAAGGCACUGUCUCUAAAACUGGACCAGGUUUAUAUUUAUAGUAAGUUAUGGUGUCUUUUAUGAGUUUGUAUUUUAAAGCAAGAUUUUAGUGAAUGAUGUUUGCAACUUGAUUGUGCCUAUGUCAGUAAUCAGGUUGAGUUAAACUGCUGCAGGAUCCUGUAAUGUGUUAGAUUGUUUCUGUUGGCAUUUUCUGCAUUUAUUAUCUUGAAUUUGUGGGUCUUUUAUUAUGUAUAUUUGAUAUUUUUUUUGUGGUAACCACCUGGUUCUGUAUUGCCACAAGGGACCCUUCUGUUUCUGGGAAGAGGUUUCCAACACUGAGCCAGGCAUUCUUGUCGACACCUAGUCUGUUCAGAUUCUUGGGAUGUCUUCCAUGGAGGGUCGUGCUCUUCAGUUGGUUAACAUUUUCUUCUAUAGUGAUAAUUUCUUCAUUUUUCUGGGUUCUCCUUUCACUUAAGUUUUGUGGUGUGUACUUCCUAUCAGAAAUACAUACUUGUGUGGAGCGCUGAUUCCUGUUUCCGUUGAUGAAAAUAUAUCUUCAUAAUUUUUUUCUGACUUCUAUGUCUGUUACUCUUCUUGCUCCUCCUGUCCUAGGUUGUGUUAAUCCAAGUGCAUUCAAGUGUACAAUGUUAUUUAAAAUUUGUCAUUUCAGUCCUUAUUUUAUCUUAUGUUAAUAUGGGUAUAACAAACGUGUCUAUUGCCUUUGUUAAGUUUUUACAAUUGAGCUCUGUUUGGCAGCUUUUCUUAAGCCUUGAAGUAAAUUCUGUCAUGAGUUUUCCCUUUAUCGCACUAAAAUCAAUUUUAUAAUCAUCCAUUGGUUGUAUUGUAUCAUGUCGCUCUAUUUUGUAUUCUAAUAGCUCUCUUACACUGAUCUUUGUGUUUAAAAUUCUGCACGUAUCAAUUCACAUCAAGUCAAAUUUAUUGCCAUUUAACUACUUGCAUGUAUACUGUCAAACAAGACGUUUCUCUGGACUAGAGUGUAAAGCAUGGUAGUACACAUAACACACAAUAAGUUAGGAAAGCAAGGAUAAAAUCUGCAAAUGAGUUAUGCAUAAAUAAACAAAGUAAAGUGCAUAAAUUAAAUAUUGAGUACAGAACAGAUUAACCGGUGACACUUCAAAUACGAUGCAGCAGGGAGUUCAGAAAUCCAGCGGCCUGAGGGAAGAAACUGUUCCUCAUCCUGACCGUUCUUGUCUUUAUGCAUCACAGUCUUCUGCCUGAUGGUAGAAAGUCAGAGAGAUUCUGGAUAUAUGGGUGGGAUCCUGAAUAACAUUAAGGGCCCUGUAUACACAGCAAUCCUAAUAAAUGUCCCUGAUGGAUGGUAAGGAGACCCCUAUGAUCCUCUCAGCUGUUCUCACAGUCCAUUGUAGGGGCUUCUGGUUUGAUGCUCGCUGCUCCCAGACCAGUUGGAGAUGCAGCUUGUCAGGAUGCUGUCAAUGGUGCUCCUGUAAAAUGCAGUUAAGAUGGUGGGGGGGGGAGGGGGGGGGGAGAAGUCUCACUUUCCUCAAUCUCCUCAGGAAGUGGAGGCAAUUAUACACCUUUUUAGGGACCAGGUGAGGUCACCCAUGACGUAAACUCCCAGGAACUUGGUGCACUUAACUCUCUCUACGGAGAAGCCAAGUGUUUGCAGACAGAGUUGGUUCAACUGCACCUUCCUGAAGUCCACAGUGAUUUCCUUGGUCUUCUCCAUGGUCAGACUUGGGUUGUUCUCUCACACAGUCCAUCAGCCGCCUCACUUCCUCUGUGUACUUUGACUCAUCAUUGUUGUUGAUAAAACAAUCCACUGUUGUAUCACCUGAAAACUUACUGACACGGUUUGAGCUGAAUCCUGCGACACAGUCAUGCAUCAGCAGCGGGCUGAGUUCACAGCCUUGGGGAGUGCCAGUGCUCAGCAUAAUGGGACUAGGGACAUUGCUGACUACAUGGAUCGUGCUUUUUCUGUGAAGUUCAGGAUUCAGUUGCAGAGGGAGGUGUUGAGACUCAGCAAGGAUGGUUUCCCCACCAGUUUCUGGGGUAUGAUGCUGCUGAACACUGAAAUGAAGUCUAUAGAAAGCUGUCUGACAUAUGAGACCCCAUUUUCCAGGUGAGACAGGACAGAGUGGAGAGCAGAGGCUAUUGCAACAUCAGUGGAUCAAUUCGAGUGAUAGGCGAACUGGAAAGGUUCCAAUGCAGCCGGGAGAAAGGCUUUAAUGUGCUCUAUGAUAAUUCGCUCAAAGCAUUUCAUAAUGGUUGAUGUCAAUGCCACCAGACGAUAGUCAUUUAGACAGAUCAUUGUCACCUUCUUUGGCACUGGAAUGAUGGUUGCCACCUGGAAAACUGAGGGGACAAUGGACUGUUGCAGAGAGGUAUUGAAUAUAUCUGUCUGCACAUCAGUCAGCUGGGCUGUGCAGUAUUCCAGAACCUGACACCACGACUUGGCAUGGGUUGACUGUGACCUCACCUCAGCUUCAGCCGAACAGAGUGUCUGCUUCCUUGGAAGGGGUGAGAGGCCUUCCUCACCAGCACUUUGUUUUGUGCAUCAAACCAGGCGUGAAAAAUAUUUAGCCUGUCGUGGAGUGAGAUAUCCUGGUCACCGAUGUGCAAGGUAAACUCGUACUCCGUAAUCCUCUGAAUUCCCCACCGCAGGCGCAGUGUGUCUCUGGUAUUGCAGAAGUGGUUGUAUACUAUAUUCUCUGAGAAUGCUUCCAUUUUGCCGCCUUGAUGGAGCGAGAAAGCACGGUUCUUGCUUUCCUGAGAGCUGUAAGGGCAGCAUCACAAUGUGUUUUGUGAUGAUAACACAAAAUACACCAGUUCUUAUUUAUGUAAAUACAGAUACCGCCACCGCGGGUUUUGCCUGAGAUCGCUAGAUUCCCGUCAACCCGAAACCUUCCCGUUGGGUGGCCACAUCCAGAAUGGUGCCCUGAAGCCAUGUUCCCGUGAGAAUGAGUACACGGUUGUUCCUCAUCUCUUGCUGAUUCACAGUCUUAAGCCCAAGCUGUGGAGCUAGUCCAAAGUUCAUGUUUAUAUCUUCAGAAAACAGUUGUACUGUUUGAAUUAAUGGCUUUAGCUGUACUGAUGAAGGAGCAUGUAGUUUCAAAUCGUCCAUGGGUAGAAGCUGUGUCAAGGUAUUAUUAUACUUUUAUUUUUUUCUCAUCAAGCUGGUUAAAACUGAGGUAUAUGCAUAGCCGAACGUGGCUUAUUUCUCAAUUGCUAGGAACUUUUUGACUAUUCUAAUGGUGUUUAGUAUUGUAGCUUUCUGAGGAUCUACAUAAAUAUUGUGUGGCCUGAUUGUUUAAUGCUAUUGUGUAGUGACUAUGGGACGAUAGUUGUAUAUAUUACUGUUGGGACAAUGUAUACCCUGUUCAUGUUCCAUAGUGUUUCAAUUCGCUCUUAAUUCAGUAUAUUUCUGGUAGUUUUUCACGACUGAUUUAUUUAUGUUAUGUGUGUUUGGAUCAGCUAAAUCUAUUAAGUAAGUUGUCUUUGCUUGUGUUUCCUGUAGUAUUAUAUUUAGAUUGGUAUUAUGGAUUGCCCUAUCUGUAACAAUAGCUAGGUCGUAAUAUAAUUUGUAGGGCCCUGACUCUAAAACUGGAUUAGGCUUUAGUCAUCAAAGAUCUCACCGUUAAAGGAGUGGACAUUGUCAUUGGAUUUCGAUGGACAACCGGAGAGAGAUAGUAAGGUAUGGUGCCUUCUAUGAGUUUGUAUUUUAAAGCAAGAUUUUGGUGAAUGAUAUUUGCCACUUGAUUGUACCCGUGUAAGUAAUCAGAUUGAGUUAAACUGCUGCAGGAUCUUGUUAUGUAUUGGAUUGUACCUGGCUUCUCUUGGCAUUUUCUGCAUUUAUCAUCUUGAAUUUGUUGAUCUUUUAUUACGUAUAUUUUAUAAUUUUUUGUGUUAACUAACUAGUCCUGUCUUGCUGCAAGGAAGUAUGAUUAUGCUUUUCUAUUAUCUUUUGCGUGUUGAUUAUUGUCCGUCUCAUUCGGUCAGCUGUUUUGUGGAUUCUGUUGUGUUUCUUGGAUUUACUGUAUAUGCCCGCAAGAUAACCGAUCUCAGGGUUUUAUAUGGUGAUAUAAAUGUACGUUCAUAAUAAAUUUACUUUGAUUUUUGAACUUUGCAGAGACACCCAAGAUUUCAUACUGAGGAGAGUCUGUUCACCUGCUCCAUCUGUGGGAUGGGAUUCAUUCAGUUAUCUGGGCUACUGACACAUCAGAGAGUUCACACUGGGGAGAGGCCAUUCACCUGCUGGUUGUGUGAGAAGGAAUUUCUUGUUCAUCCCACCUGCAGGCAUACCAGUGAGUUCACACCAGCUCAGACUGUGGGAAAGGAUUCACUCAGUGAUCCCACCUUGUGAGGCAAUAGUGAGUUCACACCAAGAGACUGCACACUUGUCCUGUAUGAGUAAAGAGGUUUACUCCAUCAUCUCACCUGCUCAAAUACCAGCAAGUUCACACAGGGGAGGCAGUUUUAAAAACUCUUUGUUGAAUUUUUAACCUUCACAUUUGAUGAAUCCAGUUUCAAGUUGAAGAGUGACUGUUGGGGUCAGAUUCUGCAGUUAUUGCUGCUGUUCAUCACACCUGGAACUGAACCUUGGUCACUGGGCAUGGCACGGGCUUGUUCUGAUGACAUUAACCUUUAAUUGGACUGGAGUUAAAUAUUGUGGAUCUGUCAAAAAUAAAUUUAGUUCAAGUUUAAACAUCAUUUAGCCAUACAUGAAUGUAGCCAAAUAAAACAGCGUUCCUCCAGGGCCACAUUACCAACAGUCAUACACAGCCCAAGGUACAUAUAGCACAUAAGCGAUAGCAAGUAAAGAUACAGUCACACAAGAACGUGUCUGUAGCUAAAGAUCCUAAGAGACAUCUCCUGUAAACUAAUGUGCAUGAGUGUUACCGACAAGAACGAGCAGUCAUCUGCAGACAAAUGUACACAUGCUGUCAAGCUUGUCCUUCCACCAGCGAACAUUGGAUAUGAAGAUUGGUGCCAUUGUGGAUAGUGCAGGAGGCUGGCAAAGAAUACAGCAGGAUAUAGAUCAGUUGCAGAUAUGAACAGAGAAAUGGCAAAUGGAGUUUAACCUAGCCAAAUGUAAAGUGUUGCAGCUUAGUGGGUCAAAUGUAAAAAGGCAGUACACUAUUAAUGGCAAGACCCACAGCAGUGUUGAGAGAGAUUUUGGGGUCCAAGUUCAUAGCUCCCUGAAAGUGGCUGCAUUGGUUGACAGGGUGGAUUAGAAGGCUCAUGGCGCACCUGCUUUUAUGAAACAUUGGGUUCAAACGUCAGGAAGUUGUGUUGCAGCUUUAUAAAACUCUAGUUAGGCCACAUCUGGAGUGUUGUGUACAGUCCUGGUCACCCCCAUUUUAGGAGGGAUGUGGAGGCUUUGGAGAAGAUGCAGAAAAGGUUUCCCAGGAUGCUGCCUGGCUUAGAGGGCAUGUGCUAAAACAAGGAGUUGGACAAACUUGGGUUGUUUUCUCUAGAACAGCGGAGGCUGAGGGGAGAUCUGAUGGAGAUUUAUAAGAUUAUCAGAGAGUAAACAGGCUUAUUUUUCCCAGGGUUGAAACGUCUAAUAUCAGGGGGCAUUCAUUUAAAGUGGGAGGUGGUAAGGGGCAAGUUUUAUAUACAGAGAGUGGUGGGUGGCUGGAACGCACUGCCUGGAGUGAUGGUAGUGGCACUUUAAGAGGGGCUUUUAAGAGACAUUUAUGUAGACACGUGGGUGUGAGGAUAUGGACGUGUCAGCAAAAGAAAUGAGUGUAGUUGAUCAUUUGGUCACUAAUUGGUUCAGCACAACAUUGCGGGCCGAAGUGCCUGUUGCUGUGCUGUACUGUUGAAUGUUCUAUCAUUUCUUAGAUAAGGGGUCUAAAAAUGCUCUCAAUAUUCUAAGUACAAUCUGAUCAUUGCCUUAUAAAGCCUCAGCAUUACAUUCUUGAUAUAAUGUCGAGUCCUUCAGAAUGUCCAGUCCUUAACGUCAACUGUUUAUCCCUUUCCAUAGAUGCCACCUGACCUGCUGAGAUCCUCCAGCAAUUUGUAUGUGUAAUUCUGGAUUUGCAGAAUCUCUUGUGUAUGACAUUACAUACUACUCUAUACUCUAGCCCAGGGUUUCUCAACCGGGGUUCCAGCGAGAGAUCGUGAUUAAAAUAAAAUAAACAUUCUGUUUUUGAACUUAAUGUAGCAUGCGGUGCGAGCGCUCGUGGUGGUGGGCCAUGACCGAGCAGCCCCAUUAGCGGUCUCUCAGCUCAGUCAGGC